GUUUAUUGACUGGGGGAUCUCUCCCUACUUUCAUUCGUGGUGCGCAGAUUGAAACCAAAGAACAAAGGGUUAUGUCGUGAUCGCUGUCAAUUUAUCACACAUUUUAUUAUUUUUGUGAAAUGUUGGAGAUUGUGUUUAAUGUGAUGUGACACAGUGGUUUCGUGUUUGAGUUUUCGCAAAGUCACAUCGAGAAUUAGUGCGUUGAGUGAUCGGGAAAAUGUUUGAAAGCUUGGUCAAGUAUGUGCCAUUUUUGAAGAAAGCCAGUGCUUCUAAACAUAAACAAGCCCAGACCUAUGACAAAUUUGAAUCCCUCGUGUACGCCUGCGAGUAUUUACUUUUAUGGCAAGAUCCCUAUGAGACGAAACUGGUUCUGCUGGGCAUUAACCUCAGCUUCUGGUAUUUAACCCUAAUCCACACAACAUGGAGAUUCUAUGGCCUUGUUUUCACUGUGAUUCUGGGACUGUAUUUAGGGCAUGUGUGCAAGCACAGAAUAUGGCCAGAAAUCAAGGUUCCUGAUCCGAAUGAUUCCUCACCAGAUUCCGAGGCUUGGACACGCUUAGAUUCCAACUCUGAAAAUGUUGAGGAAAUCAUGCACAUUUUGGAAGAGGCACCUUCCCUCAUGAAGGAUUACUGUGUUCGUUUGAAGAAUCUACGCAGAUCACAUCCUGGAUUGUUCUGCUUGGUAUUGUGUUCAUCCUUUGCGGUAUUAUCUUUUCUUGGUCAAAAUAUCGCUGGCUUGACCUUGCUAUAUUUUCUCAUCAUGCUAGCGUUCGUUCCUGGUUUUUGUCUUCUGUAUCUUCCUCCUCACAUGACAGCAAAUGCUAUCAGUUUUGUCAAAUCAUUUUUGAAAGGAAGCGGUGGAGAAAACGAUAUCGAUGAAUUUAUUCCUCAAAUCUCUGAAGCAGACCAAACUGUCCUCAACAAAGCGUCCAUCAAUGCAGAGAAGAGCAGCCGCAGCCUGCUCUCCUCAUUAGUGGGCUCAGGGUUGAGUGAGCAGGCGUUUCUGCCUGAAAGCAGCUCGAUGCCAAGCUACGACGAAUCCAGCAUGGACUGUCUGGACUCACUGACCGGCUCUGAGUUUGAACUUUCCGCUGCAGAACGUGCUCGAUUAAUCAAUCAACUGAAAGAUCCAGGUGACUCAAGUGAUGAUGAAAGUAUUCUCCUCAAAAAUUCUCAGUUUUCUGGGGACAUUUCCUCUGAUUCAGAGGAAGAAAAACAAUUCUGUCGAGAUCUAUUUUUUUCUGAGCCUGUCAGCUCAAAAUCCUCCGCAAAUCCAUUAGAGAACAUGUUCUCUAGUGUCAUAGGCUCAGCAGCUCAUAAUCUAAGUGUUCUCAGUAGCAGUAUUAUUUCAAAUACAUUCAGUCCCAAAGGUUCAAAUUACACUCAGUUAGUACCAGAAAAAAAAUCAAGACAUUUGUCAUCGUCUGAUGAAGAUUUUGAGAUCAUCGAUGAGGAUGAUGUCUCAUAGAAGUCAGUUUUUCAAUCCAAUAUUUCCUUUUUUUAAAUCUUAAUCUCAUUCAAAACCACCCUAAGUCAGCUAUUAUGAAGAUGCGUUGUCUAUUUUUUUAAUUCCUUCUGUUACAGACUAUAUUUUGUCAAAGAUUUAUUUAUUUUACUUUGUUGAUCUACAUAUGGACGGAGUUAAACAGAAAGGAACCAAGCCACAUCGGAAA